CUUAUAACCUCUCCCGUCGCGGGCUGAACCACCUGGUUUUCUGAAUGAAACCGUAGCUCGCCUCGCGCUAUAAAUAGAACGGACGGGGCUUUGACGUCACCAAGGAAGCCGCAUCACGUCGUUUUGUUCCGUGCUGUUGUGUCUGCAGAUUAUUUUUUUCCCGAAGCGCUUUCGGAUGGGGACGGACGGAGUACUUCUGAAGGCAGCCCGAACAAUCAAGCUAGAUACAUAGUAGUGGUUAUUGUUACAUUGGGAGAAAAGGAUUAACGUUCAACAAGCUGGGGCGCGAUACCAGUUACGAAAUGAUUUUGCAGUAUUUGCCUAGCUAGCGGCGAGCGAUUCUUAUUUGUACAGGAGCCAUCGAGCUACCUGCAAUUAUUGAAUCGCACUCUGAACUCCUGCCUGUAGUUUUGGUUGACCAGAUCACACUCACUCAGCCCUAGAGAACGGGCCCUGAACAGUAGUAUGGACUACGAGAGACCCAAUGUUGAGACCAUUAAGUGUGUUGUGGUGGGAGACAACGCCGUAGGGAAGACACGGCUGAUCUGUGCUCGGGCCUGCAACACCACUCUGAACCAGUACCAACUACUGGCCACACACGUCCCUACGGUCUGGGCUAUAGACCAGUACAGAGUGUGUCAAGAGGUGUUGGAGCGCUCCAGGGAUGUGGUGGAUGAGGUCAGUGUGUCUCUCAGGCUGUGGGACACCUUUGGCGAUCAUCAUAAAGACAGACGCUUCGCAUACGGAAGGUCAGACGUGGUUGUGCUGUGUUUCUCCAUCGCCAACCCCAACUCUCUGCAUCACGUCAAGACCAUGUGGCACAUGGAGAUCAAGCACUUUUGUCCCAGGACGCCUGUCAUCCUGGUGGGUUGUCAGCUGGACCUGCGUUACGCUGAUCUGGAGGCCGUCAACAGGGCCAGGAGGCCACUAGCCAGGCCGAUAAAGCCCGGAGACAUCCUUCCUCCAGAGAGUGGCCGGGAGGUGGCCAAGGAGCUGGGCAUCUCCUACUAUGAGACCAGUGUGUUCGACCAGUUUGGCAUCAAGGACAUCUUCGACAAUGCCAUUCGAGCCGCGCUCAUCUCCCGUCGACACCUGCAGUUCUGGAAGUCCCACCUCCGGAAGGUCCAGAAGCCCCUCCUCCAGGCGCCCUUCCUGCCGCCCAAAGCACCGCCCCCUCUCAUCAAGAUUCCAGAGUGUGUCAUCAACAACGGGGAGGGUCCUGGCCUCCUAUUGGACAGUCCUCUUUGUGCUGACGUCAUGUUCAUCCUCCAGGACCACAUCCACAUCUUCGCCCACAAGAUCUACCUCUCCACCUCCUCCUCCAAGUUUUAUGACCUGUUCCAGAUGGACUUCAGUGACGAGUCCCAGUGCCUGGUGGUGACGGAGCGGCAUGCCCGGGACUCUCUCCUCAGGACCCUUAGUCUGGACACAGAGGAGGACGUGGCUGUGCUCCCCAACCUCUCCCCCUGCUCCCUCCGGGCCUCUAAGAGUGACGGCACCCUGAAGAUGAUGAGCUUCUCUGGUAAGCACCGGCGCACCAAGCUGUCCUUGGCCUCCUGGAGCAAGGCCUUCUACAGCAUCCACAAGGAGAGCGUGACCAACCCUGUGACGGGCUCCCCGGCUCACAUGACGGUGGUGAAGAUGGACUACUCCAUCCAGCUGGGUCCGUUCAGUGCCGUGUUGAGGUUCCUCUACACUGGGGAGCUGGAUGAAGAGGAGCGGGAUCUGAUGAAGAUCGCCCAGAUCGCGGAGGUCCUGGAGGUGUUUGACCUGAGGAUGAUGGUGGAGAACAUCAUGAACCAUGAAGGCUUCAUGAACCAGGAGAUCACCAAGGCCUUCCACGUCAGGAAAUCCAACCGCAUCAAGGAGUGUCUCAACAAGAACACAUUCACAGACGUCACCUUCAGGUUGGAGGAUGGAACCAUCAAUGCUCACAGACCUCUGCUCAUCUCCUCCUGUGAUUGGAUGGCUGCUGUGUUCGGAGGAUCCUUCAUGGAGAGUGCUAACAACGAGGUCUCGUUCCCAGGCACCAGCAGGGUGUGUAUGCAGGCUGUUCUGGAGUAUCUCUACACCAAUCAGCUUUGUCCCAUGGCAGAGCUGGAUCCUAUGGAGUUGACGGCCCUGGCUAACAGACUCUGUCUCCCCAGACUGACUGCUCUGACAGAACACUAUGCUGUGAGUGAGCUGGUGAAAGCCUCCAAAGAUGGACAGGAUAUAGAUGGCGAAGUACUCACCUAUCUGGAACUGGCUCAGUUCCAUAAUGCUAACCAGUUAGCAGCUUGGUGCUUACAUCACAUCUGCACUCACUACAACAAUGUCUGUGCCAACUAUCGCAAAGAGAUCAAGGCCAAAUCUGCAGAGAACCAGGAAUAUUUUGAGAAGCACCGCUGGCCCCCAGUGUGGUACCUGAAGGAGGAGGACCACUACCAGCGGGUGAGGAAGGAGAGGGAGAAAGAGGACGUGGUUCUCAACAAACACCACAGCAGACGACGUUGGUGCUUCUGGAGCACCUCCCCUGCCGUGGCCUGAGAGGUCUGAGAAGGGUCUGCCUAGCCCCAAACCGCCCAGGGAAUCUGCCUCCUACCCCGUGCUCCAGCUUCUAACCCUGCACCCCGCAAAGAGGUCCCAACAACACACGCUGUACCAAUGUUUUACUGUUAGAUCACCUGAGCAUCAAAACAGGAAAUAACUAUCUGACGAUGCACUGUCAGGUCCUACCCUCUUCCCUUGAUGCACUGUCAGGUCCCACCCUCUUCUCUUGAUGCACUGUCAGGUCCCACCCUCUUCUCUUGAUGCACUGUCAGGUCCCACCCUCUUCUCUUGACAAUACACUGUCUGGUCCUACCCUCUUCUCUUGAUGCACUGUCAGGUCCUACCCUCUUCUCUUGAUGCACUGUCAGGUCCCACCCUCUUCUCUUGAUGCACUGUCAGGUCCCACCCUCUUCUCUUGAUGCACUGUCAGGUCCCACCCUCUUCUCUUGACAAUACACUGUCUGGUCCUACCCUCUUCUCUUGAUGAACUGUCUGGCCCUACCCUCUUCUCUUGACAAUACACUGUCUGGUCCUACCCUCUUCUCUUGAUGAUACACUGUCAGGUCCUACCCUCUUCUCUUGAUGAUACACUGUCAGGCCCUACCCUCUUCUAUUGACAAUACACUGUCUGGUCCUACCCUCUUCUCUUGAUACACUGUCCGGCCCUACCCUCUUCUCUUGAUGAACUGUCAGGUCCUACCCUCUUCUCUUGACAAUACACUGUCUGGUCCUACCCUCUUCUCUUGAUGAACUGUCCGGCCCUACCCUUUUCUCUUGAUGAUACACUGUCAGGUCCAACCCUCUUCUCUUGACAAUACACUGUCUGGUCCUACCCUCUUCUCUUGAUACACUGUCUGGCCCUACCCUUUUCUCUUGAUGAUACACUGUCAGGUCCAACCCUCUUCUCUUGAUGAUACACUGUCUGUCCCUACCCUCUUGAUGAUACACUGUCAAGCCCUACCCUCUUGAUGAUACACUGUCAGGCCCUACCCUCUUCUCUUGAUGAUACACUGUCUGUCCCUACCCUCUUGAUGAUACACUGUCAGGUCCAACCCUCUUCUCUUGAUGAUACACUGUCUGUCCCUACCCUCUUGAUGAUACACUGUCAAGCCCUACCCUCUUGAUGAUACACUGUCAGGCCCUACCCUCUUCUCUUGAUGAUACACUGUCUGUCCCUACCCUCUUGAUGAUACACUGUCAGGUCCAACCCUCUUCUCUUGAUGAUACACUGUCUGGCCCUACCCUCUUGAUGAUACACUGUCAGGUCCAACCCUCUUGAUGAUACACUGUCAGGUCCAAACCUCUUCUCUUGAUGAUACACUGUCAGGCCCUACCCUCUUGAUGAUACACUGUCAGGUCCAAACCUCUUCUCUUGAUGAUACACUGUCAGGCCCUACCCUCUUGAUGAUACACUGUCAGGUCCAACCCUCUUGAUGAUACACUGUCAGGCCCUACCCUCUUCUCUUGAUGAUACACUGUCUGUCCCUACCCUUUUCUCUUGAUGAUACACUGUCAGGCCCUACCCUCUUCUCUUGAUGAUACACUGUCUGGCCCUACCCUUUUCUCUUGAUGAUACACUGUCAGGCCCUACCCUCUUCUCUUGAUGAUACACUGUCUGUCCCUACCCUCUUGAUGAUACACUGUCAGGCCCUACCCUUUUCUCUUGAUGAUACACUGUCAGGUCCAACCCUCUUCUCUUGAUGAUACACUGUCAGGCCCUACCCUCUUGAUGAUACACUGUCAGGUCCAACCCUCUUGAUGAUACACUGUCAGGCCCUACCCUCUUCUCUUGAUGAUACACUGUCUGUCCCUACCCUUUUCUCUUGAUGAUACACUGUCAGGCCCUACCCUCUUCUCUUGAUGAUACACUGUCUGGCCCUACCCUUUUCUCUUGAUGAUACACUGUCAGGCCCUACCCUCUUCUCUUGAUGAUACACUGUCUGUCCCUACCCUCUUGAUGAUACACUGUCAGGCCCUACCCUUUUCUCUUGAUGAUACACUGUCAGGUCCAACCCUCUUCUCUUGAUGAUACACUGUCAAGCCCUACCCUCUUGAUGAUACACUGUCAGGUCCUACCCUCUUGAUGAUACACUGUCAGGUCCAAACCUCUUCUCUUGAUGAUACACUGUCAGGCCCUACCCUCUUGAUGAUACACUGUCAGGUCCAACCCUCUUCUCUUGAUGCACUGUCUGGCCCUACCCUCUUGAUGAUACACUGUCUGGCCCUACCCUUUUCUCUUGAUGAUGCACUGUCAGGUCCAACCCUCUUCUCUUGAUGAUACACUGUCAGGUCCAACCCUCUCUGCUUGGGUCCACAUGAAUAACCUCCACAUGGCAGGGCUCUACAGAGGGUACAUUUUACUUACAUUUGCGCCUAAAUAUUUUGCUGUGCAACCUGCAAUUUGAAUUUAGGAGCACCAGUGCACCUAUAAAAAUGAAGUAUUCUAGCUACGUUGUUCAACCUGUCAACGUAGUGUGGUAUGUGCUUUCUGUUAGACAUGUAACAUUAUGGAUGUAAAUUGUGAUUGUUGAUGUUAGCUGCAGCCACCGACACCAGCCCUGGAUCUAAGUCUGAAUCAUAAAUGAUGCAAAAAUAACUCUGAACCUGAUGAAACACAGGACCUGUUCAUAGACGGGGCUUCAUGCAGCCUUGGAAUAUCAACAACAACAACGUUGAAAGUACGUCUUGUGCUCACUGGGAUACCGAUACAGCUCCAGGGAUAAACAGAGCUCCUGAUUGAAUCGAUCCCCAGGUCGGUAUAUUGAACCCAGCUGGAGGUGUUUCUCUGUAUUCUGAAACACCUGAUUGUUCCUUUAACCCACCUGGUGAUGGUAAAGGGGAAACUCUAUACUUGAAAUCAAUGUGUUUUUAUUCAUCAGCUGUAUAGUAGGCUUUCUUUAGUUAACCAAAGCCAUAACUAGUCAGUUUAUCAUAUUUUAAUAUAUAUACCAUGUGAUUAUUUAUUUGUUGGUGAUAUUUACUAUAGAAACCAAGUGGCUGGUUCUCUUGGUUCCUGCUGUCACAGGUCUUUGAUCUAGCUGCUCAUCAUCCUUCAUCUUCUUUAUAACCAAGUGGCUGGUUCUCUUGGUUCCUGCUGUCAAAGGUCUUUGAUCUAGCUGCUCAUCAUCCUUCAUCUUCUUUAUAACCAAGUGGCUGGUUCUCUUGGUUCCAGCUGUCAAAGGUCUUUGAUCUAGCUGCUCAUCAUCCUUCAUCUUCUUUUUCUUAUUUAAAGGGAAUGUUGUUGAAUAAAUUAUUUGACUUAAUUGCUUUAUUCUAGUUUUCCUUUGAACUGCCCAGUGUAUAUCCUAGGGUCUGGACUGUUGGUCUAAAGUUUAAUGCAGACAAUAUGUACUGUUUCAAUCCUCAUACUGAGACGAGCCUGAGUGCCAGUCUGUUCCUGUUAAUGUGUUUGGGUUGACAAUUCAAUAAGGAGUUGGCAAGAGAGCAGUAAUGUUUGUUUCACAUACCUGUCAAUAAUACUAUAUGAAUCAAAUUCAGAUGUAAUGUUUGUUUCACAUACCUGUCAAUAAUACUAUAUGAAUCAAAUUCAGAUGUAAUGUUUGUUUCACAUACCUGUCAAUAAUACUAUAUGAAUCAAAUUCAGAUGUAAUGUUUGUUUCACAUAUCUAUUAAUAAUGCUAUUGUAAUCAUGGGUUUAUGCUUUUGAGUGGAGCACCAUCAGCUGAACCCGUCAUGUAGAACAAGUUAUUCAACUGAUUAGAGUUCAGUACAACACUGUUAUAUAGAAGGAUAUGUUGCUGUUAUGAAAGUGUAAACAUCAGAGGGAGAGAGAAAGGUUUGGCAACAACCACUCAGCCUCACUCUGUCAGGAGAGGAGAGGAGGGGAGCAGAGCAGCCUGUACCCAAGCUGUCACUGAGGAGGCAGACCAACACUGUAUACAUAACAGCUUUGGAACACAAUGUCACAUUCUAUUAUUAGUAAUGAUCAUUAUUAUAUUGUCUGGUGAUUCUAUAACCAAUGUCAACAUGAGUGUAUUAUAAUCAACUUACAAUAAAAGUAAGUUGUAGUUCCAGUA